AUGGCAGACAAAAGUAAUCAGUCUAGUGUCUCUGAAUUUCUCCUCUUGGGUUUCUCUGAGAGGCCAGACCAGCAGCCUCUUCUACUUGGCAUCUUCCUGAGCAUGUACUUGGUCACUGUUAUGGGCAAUGUGCUCAUCAUCCUGGCUAUAAGCUUUGAUCCACACCUCCACACCCCCAUGUACUUCUUCCUGUCCAACCUCUCUUUUGCUGAUGCCUGCUUCUCCUCCACCAUCGUCCCCAAGAUGCUGGUGAACAUCCAGACACAUAGUCAGACCAUAUGCUAUGAGGGGUGCUUGGCUCAGAUGCAUUUUUUCAUGACAUUUGGUGCUCUGGAUGACUUCCUCUUGGGUGCGAUGGCCUAUGACCGCUACGUGGCUAUCUGCAGGCCUCUUCACUACACCACACUCAUGAGCCCUCUCAUGUGUGUACUCCUUCUUGCGUUAUGCUGGGUUCUCACCACCCUGGCUGCCCUCUUACACACACUACUUAUGGCUAGGCUAUCCUUCUGCUCAGGCAACACUAUUCAUCACUUUUUUUGUGAUGUGGUCCCCCUGUUACAGCUCUCCUGCUCAGAUACAAGCACCAACCAGGUAGCCUUGUUCAUCGUGGGCUCCCUGAUUCUUACUGGUCCCCUCUCACUGAUCAUUUUGUCAUAUGCACAUAUCAUCUCCACCAUCCUCCAGGUCCCAUCUGCUUCUGGCCGGCAAAAGGCCUUCUCCACCUGUGGAUCUCACCUCACGGUUGUUUUCCUUUUCUAUGGUGCAGCAAUUGGUGUGUACCUGUGUCCCCCUUCUUCACACUCAGGGGGGAAAGAUAGAAUUGCAGCCGUGUUUUACACAGUGGUGACCCCCAUGCUGAACCCCUUCAUCUACAGCCUUAGGAACAAGGAGAUGAAGACAGCAUUGAGAAGACUUAUUGCCCUGAGCACACUUUCCUCUCGGGGACUUUAA